CGUUCUUGCAGGUACAGCUGCAUCGCUUUCCCCGGCGGACUCAUCAACUCUGUCCGGAAAGGCUGUAUCCUUCUGUCCACCCUGGUCGCCGCCUGGAACGCUCUCGUCGGCAGCGAAACCUUACAGAUCCGUGCAUGGAAAGGCCGGCAUGGCAAGACGAGACGGCAGGCAAUGGAAAGCUCUGCUUGUCGGCCGACGGCUGGCUCGUUCUUCGGGUGCUACCUGAUCAAUUCGGUCACAAGGAAGCAGACGACGUACGUCGGCUUCACAUGCAACCCCGGACGGCGCAUCAGACAGCACAACGGCGAGAUCAAAGCAGGUAGGUACGCCACACUGCCGAUGAUAUCUGAGCCUUCCUGGCCCUGUCGGUGCGCGUCAGUACACCUUUGUUUGUGUGUGUUGUCGGUGUGCGUGUGUGUGGUGUGUGAUCUCAUCAGGUGCUCGCAAGACGCGGCGGUGGCGUCCCUGGAAGAUGAUUGUGUGUGUGUGGGGCUUCCCCAACAAGAUCGCUGCACUGCAGUUCGAAUGGGCCUGUAAGCGGAAAGGAAAGGCGCCAAGUCAAAAGAACGCUUGUCGAUGGCUGCAGUUGGUGUGAUCGGUGCAGGGCAGCGUCCUGCUGUGAGCCGCCUGUCGCGUGACGCAGUGGCCGACCUCUCAUACUGGUCGGUCGGCCAAUUGUUGAAACAAACACACUAAGACACCGCUGGACCUGCUUGUUUGUGCGUGUCGUCCACUCAGCCGGGUGACGAAGUGGGGCCGUCAGAAGCGUCGCACGGUGGUGCAGAACCUGGAGGUGGUCUUCAGGAUGCUCAAGUGCCAACCAUGGGCUAGAAUGCCGCUGCAGGUAGGCACAUAGGUCACUCAGCCACCACACAAACACACUGAUUGUCAGACACACGCAGCUGGACGAUUCUCUUGAUGCGUGCAGGUGCAUUUCUUGGACGCCGAGGCGUAUGAGACGCUGCUGCCGCGGCUGCAGACGGCGACGGAGAUACCCACACACAUCAAGAUAGUCCACGGCGGAUUCGACGACCUGCCGGUCAAUCUGAAAGGCAGUCAGGUGAAGACGACAGCCACGACGACAACGACGGCAGUGAGGGGGCCAAAAAGUGCGACAGCAGUGGGGGGGAGGGCGGCAGGGGCAAAGGACCGAUGGGCCUCGCCAAGAAGAAGAGGGGCCGCCCAAAGGCCAAGCCAACAGCCAAACAGCCCGUCGGCAGGCCGCCAAAGGUCCCGCGGGCCAAGAAGGCAGCAGCAGCAGCAGCAGCCAAGGCGGACGACACGUCGAUGGACGCGCGCGUCGGUGGAGAGGUUGAAACUUCGGCGAACGGCAGAGUGACCACACACAUGAAUGUGUUUUUCCUUCAUGUGGUAUGGAGUCUGGAAAUGGACCUGGACAUUUGAUGUAGAUAUGCCUUUACACCAUGACGUGCUCACUGACAUCGAAAUCCGUAAUUGGCUAUGUGUGUGG